UACGUUGAGAUUUUCCUUUUCUUCUUUGGCUCUCCAAACAUGAUACUCGGCCAAAUCUCCUACCUGGACUGCAUAGCUUUCUUGGUCUUCCUCACCCCUCAACUACUUUUCCAAGUCGGUCUCAUUCGAACGGCAACAUGGCUGGUUGGGGCAUUGCCCUCUAUACUCCUUCAAGUUCUCGUUAUCCCAUACCAAUUCGUCAAAGAACGAUACUGGACUCCGCAUCAAUAUAGAAGCCCAUUUGUUCAACGCGCCACGCCAUUCCAAGACUUUGUCAUUCGAUGUGUACGAUAUGCUUUUGCCUUCAUGCCCGCUUGGCUGGGCCGCGUCUUCUUCUCCAAAGGCGUCUCCCUCCCUUUUUUGCGAUUCCGCAUGCUACGCCACGGCAUCGUAACAGCCCCGCUACGCUGGACUGAGAUCAAGAGACCUGGCCUGCACGGCAUAUGGAUUGUCCACAAUCAGCAGGAACAGCCCGACAUCAUUGUCUACUAUUGCCACGGCGGUGGCUUCUCCAUGGGAUCAAACUACUUCUACAUGGAAUUUCUCUUGGCAUGGGUCACGUUGCUCAAAACCGUUGGAUACCGCAACCCCGCGCUCUUUGCGCUCGAGUACACGCUCGUGCCCGACGCAGUCUACCCUACCCAGUUACAAGAGACUCUAGCAGGCUACGAAUACGUCCUAUCCAUAGCUCGGAGCUCAUCCAGAAUCUGCGUAGCUGGAGACUCUGCGGGCGCAACCCUCAUUCUAACCUUCCUCCUGUAUAUUGCCGACCACCCAGAACUCCGCCAUCAAGGGCCCGGUCUAGCCGUGAUGAUAUCCCCAUGGGUAACCAUAGUCUCGAGGAAUAACCGCGACACACCAAGCGACUUCCUCAACGCAUCUACCCUCGAACUUUACGGCCGUCAAUACAUUGGCCCCAAGAUCCCCGCGGAUGACCCAUUGGUGUCACCGGGGAACUGCAAAGAUCUGAAGAAAUGGAGCGAUGCGAGUCCGCAGCGAGGCUGGUACUUUCUCUUCGGCUCCGAAGAAGUGCUUGCCCCUGAAACGCGCUCACUCAUUGCGCUUCUUGAAAAAGCGGGCACGAAUGUCGAUUUCUACGAGGAGAAAGGCGGAAUUCACGCUUGGCCCGUCGCGGCUUUGUAUCUUGGGCAGACCAAGGAUGAAAGGUUACAUGGAUUGAGGGCGAUUGUUAGGGCGAUUCGCAACCAGAUACCUUAG